GAGAGAGGCUGACUUGGUGGCAGUGUGGAGCUCUCAUAGUUACCAGCAGCUUGUUCCACGCCUCUGUGAGUUUUAUUCUUUGUGUCUACAUUCAGCUAAACAUGCAGCCUCCUCUUUAACACUCAUUGCAAUGAGGGUGCUGCGCCUCUACCCUCCCUGCAGUCUGAUCCGGGGGCUCCUGGCUUUGCUGGCCAUCUGCGUCCAGCCCCCAACCCAAGGAUGGAGCCAGCAAGAUCAGGGGGAAGAAGAUGUUAUUUUCCUGCCUAUUAACUCUUCCACCAGGUCUAUGGCCAACUUGGAGUUUGAUCUCCCCAAUGAAGAGAGAACCAGUGCUAAGGAACAUCUAGAAGUACAUCAGGGGACUAGGGCUGGGCAGGCAAGGGAUCUAACCUCUUCUCUUCCACCACCUCUUCCUUCUGAGUCCUCUGCUAGCAACACAUGGGACAGCAGCAGCAGCCAGAGAGACACUUUAAUCCUGUCUCCCCACAAGCCUCAGGAUUUGCACCCUUCCCACCCUCAGCAGCUAGGGGCACCUCACUGCAACAUAAGUGUCCAGAGGUUGAUGAUCACCUCCUUGUUGGUGCGCUGGGGACGCCAACUGGGUUUCCAGUGUGACCUGUUGCUCUUUUCCACCAAUAACCACGGCAGAGCCUUUUUCUCAGCCGCCUACAAUCGUGUGGUGUCCCCAGUGGUCAUUGAGCAUAUUGGGGUAGCUGGUGCCCAGCAGGAGUUUCGACUUUGCGUGGGAUGUGGAUGGUCCAGGGGCCGACGAAGUGGGCAUCUCAGACACCAGCAAGCUUCUGCCUAUUCAUCAUCUUCUACUUUUUCCUUUAUCUCUUCGUCCUCCUCCUCAGCAGACUCUCAUAACUCGUUGCUGGGGGAAUCAGUGAAUUUCUGCUGCCUGGAUUUCAGUUUGGAAGAACUGAGAGGGGAACAGGGCUGGAGGAUGAACCGAAAGCCCAUUGAAUCUACUUUGGUGGCUUGUUUCAUGACUUUGGUGAUUAUUGUCUGGAGCGUUGCUGCUCUCAUCUGGCCAGUACCUAUCAUUGCAGGGUUCUUGCCUAAUGGAAUGGAACAGAGGAGGACAAGUAGUAAAUAGUUUUUUUUUUUGACCAGCUUUUCCAAAAUAUAAGGUCUUUUAACACUACAGUAAUACUUAGAUGUAAUGUGCUGUGAAACAAUCGCUAUUUUUUCCAGUUCAUUUUUACUUCUGAACCUUUUUUGUAUUAAGCAUUUGCUUUUUUAAUUUAUUUUUUAAAUGCAAAAAAAGUGUGUGUGCAAUAAAUGUGUGCAUAUGCUUGUCUAGAUCAAUGUUUCUAUUAAUAUAUGAAUGUAAUAUAAAUAAUGGUAACCACUAAACACCUUUGUAUAUAUAUAUGAUAUACAAAGCUAGUAAAGAUGACUAAGAUUGUAAAUUCUGCAAGGUGAUUUAUCCAAAUAACUUUCUGUUUUUUGGCACCCAUACUAGAGUGCUGUGAUGUGGACUUGAUGCUCUCAGGUUAGGAAUCAAAACCAAAUUAUUAUCCAAAAA